GGGAUGUAAUCGUGACCUCCUUCUGGGCCGGGCUUGGGAUGGACUCCGGGGCCGAGGUCUCCCGGAGCUGGAGGGCUUCCAGUGAUCCGAGUUAUCGUUCCUGCUGAAUUUAAGUGAGGGGACACGGGAGGGCACCAGGACGCUGAAGAGAGCUUCAUGGACGCUAACGGGGGACCGGCUCGCCAGGGCAGAGUGGGGAACUGGCAGUAAUCGGGCUUCCUGCGUCCCGGGCAGGCCCUGCUCGCCAUGGGGGAGGUGGAGAUCUCGGCGCGGGCCUACGUGAAAAUGUGCCUGCACGCUGCCCGAUACCCACAUGCCGCGGUCAACGGGCUAUUGCUGGCGCCAGCGCCGCGGUCUGGAGAAUGCCUGUGCUUUACCGACUGUGUGCCGCUCUUCCACAGCCACCUAGCCCUGUCCGUUAUGCUGGAGGUCGCCCUCAACCAGGUGGAUGUGUGGGGAGCACAGGCCGGUCUGGUGGUGGCCGGAUACUACCAUGCUAAUGCCGCUCUGGACGACCAGAGGAGCAGCACUGAGCACCUGCUUCCCACAGCACUCAAGCAUCAAACAGUUGUGCAUCAAGUAGGCCCAAGCCCCCCAGGCCAGCUACAGGGAAAGGCCACAGCUGCAUCUAUGUCUAUGAGACCUGGGAGGCCCAGCACAGAUGGACAGGGCCUGCCCAGUUGGCUCCUUACUCCUCUGAUCUUCCUUCUACACAGCCCUGGGCCCCUGGCCUUGAAAAUCGCUGGGCGAAUUGCAGAAUUCUUCCCUGAUGCAGUACUUAUUAUGUUGGAUAAUCAGAAACUGGUGCCUCAGCCUCGUGUGCCCCCAGUCAUCGUCCUGGAGAACCAAGGUCUCCGUUGGGUGCCCAAGGACAAGAACUUAGUGAUGUGGAGGGACUGGGAAGAGUCACGGCAGAUGGUGGGAGCACUACUGGAGGGCCGGGCUUACCAGCACCUUGUGGACUUUGACUGCCACCUUGAUGACAUCCAGCAGGACUGGACCAACCAGCAGCUCAACACCCAAAUCGCCCAGUGGGUUGGUCCCACCAAUGGAAAUGCCUGAGGCAGGAGACUCAGGAUCCAAUAAAGAGACUUGGGCUGAUGGGUAA